AUGGAGCCUCCAAAUCCUAACGCGCGCCGUCGCUGCAGCCCAGAGCCGCAGUCUGACAGGGCCUCCAGCAGCUCUACGGAACUGCUAAUGGAUUUUCCUGCUUCUCUGCUCAAGUACAACGGGAAGGCUAAACGCUCACGCGCGAGAUGCGGCCGCGCAGGCGCAGUCAGGGCCCCCUCGCCGAGCCGGAGGCCUUUCCCGUCCCGGGUCCGGGGUCUGCGGGUUGCGAAGUGCCGCUGUGCCCCGCAGGUGCUGAAAGGCUGGGGUCGUGGACCCCCGCGAGGUGUCAGCAGCACGGAGGUGCAGGGCGUCGUCGAGGGUGCGGGGCCGGGCGCUGCCAGCGGCGCGCGCCUCCCCGGCGCCCCCGCGCCUGCUCUGGGCCAGGCCAUGGCUGCAGCCCCCGUAGCGGCGCCGGCCUCGCAGUUCACCCUGCUGGUGAUGCACCCCUGCGGAGGGCAGGACGAGGCGGCGGCGGAGGGCGUGCUCAGGCCGGCUGCGGCCCUGGGGGACGGCGCCGGGACGGACAGGUCCGUCAGGUACCUGUGCGAAGUGGCGGGGGCCGGCGAGGAGGAGGCGGGGGAGGACGAAGCCGACCUGCUGGACACUUCGGACGCCCCGGGGGGAGGCGAGAGCACGGCUAGUUUGGAGGAUCUGGAGGACGAGGAGACGCCCUCGGGGGGCGAGGGCGGCGGCGGGGGGGCCCGGAGACGGGGCAGCGGCGGGGGCAGCAUGAGCAAGACCUGCACCUUCGAGGGCUGCAGCGAGACCACGAGCCAGGUGGCCAAGCAGCGCAAGCCUUGGAUGUGCAAGAAACACCGCAACAAGAUGUACAAGGACAAGUACAAAAAGAAGAAAAGUGACCAGGCCCUGAACUGCAGCGGGGCCGCCCAGCCUGGCAGCGCGGGGAACGUCAGACUGGAGGAAAGUACAGAUAACAUACUCUCCAUUGUUAAACAAAGAACAGGAACCUUUGGGGAUCGUCCUGCAAGACCUACUCUUUUAGAACAAGUGUUAAAUCAAAAAAGACUGUCAUUACUAAGAAGUCCAGAAGUGGUGCAGUUUUUACAGAAACAGCAACAACUAUUAAAUCAGCAAGUUUUGGAGCAAAGACAGCAGCAGUUUCCAGGAACAUCAGUGUGAAAGACUCUAUCAAGAUCUAUGUGCUUUUUAUUUUGUUGCAGCAGAUGGACAUAUUUUUAUACUAAGAUAAAUGGGGUACAACAUGCCGGUGAAACAUAAGCCAUCAUUUUCCUGUAAAUGUAUGUGUGCGUUUGGGGAUAAAUAAGUAUUGCACUUUGUGCAUCUGAUUCUUUCAGAUUUCCGUGAAUUUGAAGAAACAGCUUAUCAUUCCAAAAUAACAUUUAAUUAUAGUUGUUUUUUUAAACAAAGUGUUCCUCUUCAGUCAUCAUUACUGAAGUUAAUGGAACAGUCACUUUCUGUGGAAGUCAUAAAGUUAAUAGAUCCUAAUCUUUGGUCAUUUAGCUCAGUGAUUCUUAUCAAGGGUCAGCUGGAAAUGUAUGGGUAUGUUUUUGGUUGUCACAGAGACCUUGAAAACUCCUAUUAGUUUUUAGUGAAUGGGUCAGGAAUGCUAAAUGUUCUACAGUAUCUGGAAUGGCCUUUCCUGACUAAUAAUUAACUUACCCAUAAUGUCCUUCUCUCAAGAAACACUGAGAGUUGUGAUACCACUUGUGACGAUGAAAUGUAGUCAGAGCACCUAGAAUUGAGUUCGUGUAAUAAAUAACCUUUUCUUUGCAGUUAAGACUAGAGCUGUCAAAGAGGUAAGCAUAUUUUAAAUGUGUAAGGAAAGUGAUCAUUGUUACUGUCUGUGAAAUUAGAAUGUUCAUUUCUUUUCAGAAAUGUGCUGGUGAAACUUAGGAGAAGGGUUAUCUAAGUACACUGGAAUGAAAGUGCCUCCUCAAGUUGGCUUCUCACUCCCAGUUACCUAUUAGUGUUGAUCUCUUAAGCAGACUUAGGUGUUGAAUAUGUGAACAGUAUAGAUGCAUCUCAUUCCACCAAUGUCAGGACAAAAAAAAAAAUUAAUACUCAUUUCCUUUUCAAAAAGAGAUUCUGAAAGUAAAAAUAGCACUCCCAACAUUUUGUCAGUGUUUUCUGAAACUGAGCUAAUUUAAGAUCGUGUUAAUCCUAAAGUAAUGUUCACAGAAUGAUGGGUAACUGGGUAGAUAAAUUUUUUCUUGUAUAUUCUCCUAGGCAGAUUUUUAAAAGGCAAACCUACCAAUAAGAGUAACAAAUCAAAUGUCAAGAGAGGAUUUCCAACGUUAGAUAAUAAAUUUAUGUCUUAAGUUUAUGCAAAAAUGUGAUCAUUUCUUGGGUUUUAAGCCCCGAAAUAUAUAUCAAGUUAAACGUAGUCACGGCUGUUCUAAGAAGUAUUUACGAAGAGAAAGAGUAUUUUUGUUUAUUUUUUAUGUGUGUUUUUUACUUAUCUGUGCAAAAACACAGAUUUUACCAAAAUGAUCCAUUAAAGCCCACUUGUUGACCUUUUGA